CAAUCUGUAAAAUAAUGUCUUUUCUGUUCCUUGAAAACGCUUGAAAGCGAAAUCUUUUACAAUCUAAUCCAUUCCUUCUACUAAAAUAGAUCAGCAGAGAUCUAAUCCAAGAAGAAUUUCAAUACCCCAAAAGGAUUUUUUGCUGAAAGAAGCGUAUUUCUGUUCUGGGUUUUGGAAGAUCUUGCCUUAGUUUUGGAAAAUGAGUUCAUCCAAGACAGUGAGGAAACUCCAAGUGGAGUCUCCAGUGCCUGCAGAUAUAGUCAUUGCUAAUUCAGUGGAGCCUUUGCAUAUAGAUGAGAUUGCUAAAGAGCUCAAUCUUACCCCCAACCACUAUGAUCUUUAUGGCAAAUACAAGGCCAAGGUUUUGUUGUCUGUUCUUGAUGAGGUUAAGGGAUCUAGGGAUGGAUAUUAUGUUGUGGUUGGGGGAAUUACUCCUACUCCCCUUGGAGAAGGUAAAUCCACUACUACUGUUGGACUCUGUCAAGCUCUUGGUGCUUUUCUUGACAAAAAGGUGGUCACCUGCCUUCGCCAGCCAUCACAAGGACCGACAUUUGGAAUCAAGGGUGGUGCAGCUGGAGGCGGUUACAGUCAAGUGAUUCCAAUGGAUGAAUUUAAUCUUCAUCUAACAGGAGAUAUUCAUGCUAUAACAGCGGCCAACAAUCUCUUAGCUGCUGCUAUUGAUACCCGAAUUUUUCAUGAGGCAUCACAGUCGGAUAAGGCUCUUUUUAAUCGGCUUUGCCCGACAAACAAAGAAGGAAAACGAAGCUUUAACGAUAUCAUGUUCAGACGUCUGAAGAAACUUGAGAUCACCAAGACAAGACCUGAAGAUCUGACACCGGAAGAAAUUAAAAAGUUCGCCAGGCUUGAUAUUGAUCCAGAUUCUAUUACCUGGAGAAGAGUAAUGGAUGUAAACGAUCGGUUCUUAAGGAAAAUUUCUAUCGGUCAGGGUCCCGACGAGAAAGGAAUGGUAAGAGAAACUGGAUUUGAUAUUUCAGUUGCCAGUGAAAUAAUGGCAGUUUUGGCCCUUACAACAUCCCUGGCUGAUAUGAGAGAAAGGCUUGGAAAAAUGGUCAUUGGAAACAGUAAGGCUGGUGACCCUAUAACUGCUGAUGAUCUUGGUCUUGGUGGUGCUUUGACAGUGCUGAUGAAGGAUGCUAUUAACCCAACAUUAAUGCAGACUCUUGAGGGAACUCCUGUUCUCGUCCAUGCUGGUCCUUUUGCAAAUAUCGCCCAUGGUAAUUCCUCUAUAGUGGCUGAUAAGAUUGCCCUGAAGUUGGUUGGACCUGGUGGGUUUGUAGUUACGGAAGCAGGUUUCGGGGCUGAUAUUGGUGCCGAGAAAUUUAUGAACAUAAAAUGUCGCUAUAGCGGUUUAACUCCCCAAUGUGCUGUAAUUGUGGCGACAAUAAGAGCAUUGAAAAUGCAUGGGGGUGGGCCUGAAGUUGUUGCUGGGCGACCUCUUGACCAUGCCUAUUUAAAUGAAAAUGUUGGUCUUGUUGAAGCUGGGUGUGUUAAUUUGGCCAGGCAUAUUGCUAACACAAAGGAUUAUGGUGUGAAUGUUGUUGUUGCUGUCAACAAGUUUGCCACAGAUACUGAAGCAGAGAUGAAUGCAGUUCGAAAUGCUGCUUUGGCUGCUGGCGCAUAUGAUGCUGUUAUUUGUACUCAUCAUGCUCAUGGUGGAAAAGGAGCGGUUGACCUUGGCAUCGCAGUUCAAAAAGCAUGUGAGAAUGUAACUCAGCCAUUGAAAUUCUUAUAUCCAUUGGAUAUAAGUAUUAAAGACAAAAUAGAAGGAAUAGCCAAGUCCUAUGGAGCUAGUGGGGUGGAAUAUUCAGAACAGGCUGAGAAACAGAUUGAGAUGUACAGCAGGCAAGGUUUUUCGAAUCUACCGAUCUGUAUGGCAAAAACGCAAUACUCCUUCUCACACAAUGCUAAAGAAAAGGGAGCCCCAAGUGGAUUCAAGUUACCGAUAAGGGAUGUGAGGGCUAGCAUUGGUGCUGGCUUCAUCUACCCUUUGGUGGGAACCAUGAGUACAAUGCCAGGGCUUCCUACAAGACCUUGCUUUUACGAUAUCGAUCUUGACACCGCUACCGGGAAGGUAAUUGGCCUUUCUUGAAGCUGGAAAAGGAGGUUUCUAAAACAAGCAGCAAUUCUCAAACACUUUGGAACAGCAGCUGUCUCAAAAGUUCCUAUCCGAGUGCAUCCUUUUUCUUCUUAACUAUUAAUGUUCUGAGCUUUCCUAUAAUGCAGCCUUUGCUGAGCUUUGAACAGUAUGAAGUUAUAUUUCUUAAUAAAAUGGAAAAAAUGGUUGUAAAGAUUUAUGUUCUUCUUCU